AUGGAGCUCACUAUCCUACAUACUGUGAUGGAGCUCACUAUCCUACAUACUGUGAUAGAGCUCACUAUCCUCCAUACUGUGAUGGAGCUCACUAUCCUGCAUACUGUGAUGGAGCUCACUAUCCUACAUACUGUGAUGGAGCUCACUAUCCUACAUACUGUGAUGGAGCUCACUAUCCUACAUACUGUGAUAGAGCUCACUAUCCUCCAUACUGUGAUGGAGCUCACUAUCCUACAUACUGUGAUAGAGCUCACUAUCCUACAUACUGUGAUGGAGCUCACUAUCCUACAUACUGUGAUGGAGCUCACUAUCCUCCAUACUGUGAUGGAGCUCACUAUCCUACAUACUGUGACAGAGCUCACUAUCCUACAUACUGUGAUAGAGCUCACUAUCCGACAUACCGUGACGGAGCUCACUAUCCUCCAUACUGUGAUAGAGCUCACUAUCCUACAUACUGUGACGGAGCUCACUAUCCUCCAUACUGUGAUAGAGCUCACUAUCCAACAUACCGUGAUGGAGCUCACUAUCCUCCAUACUGUGAUAGAGCUCACUAUCCUCCAUACUGUGAUAGAGCUCACUAUCCUCCAUACUGUGAUGGAGCUCACUAUCCUCCAUACUGUGAUGGAGCUCACUAUCCUCCAUACUGUGAUGGAGCUCACUAUCCUCCAUACUGUGAUGGAGCUCACUAUCCCACUUACUGUGAUGGAGCUCACUAUCCUCCAUACUGUGAUGGAGCUCAUUAUCCCACUUACUGUGAUGGAGCUCAUUAUCCCACUUACUGUGAUGGAGCUCACUAUCCUCCAUACUGUGAUGGAGCUCACUAUCUUCCAUACUGUGAUGGAGCUCACUAUCUUCCAUACUGUGAUGGAGCUCACUAUCCUCCAUACUGUGAUGCUCACUAUCCUCCAUACUGUGAUGGAGCUCACUAUCCUCCAUACUGUGAUAGAGCUCACUAUCCUCCAUACUGUGAUGGAGCUCACUAUCCUCCAUACUGUGAUAGAGCUCACUAUCCUCCAUACUGUGAUGGAGCUCACUAUCCUCCAUACUGUGAUGGAGCUCACUAUCCUCCAUACUGUGAUAGAGCUCACUAUCCUGCAUACUGUGAUAGAGCUCACUAUCCUACAUACUGUGACAGAGCUCACUAUCCUCCAUACUGUGAUAGAGCUCACUAUCCUACAUACUGUGAUGGAGUUCGCUAUUCGACAUACCGUGAUAGAGCUUACUAUCCUACAUACCGUGAUGGAGCUCACUAUCCUACAUACUGUGAUGGAGCGCACUAUCCUCCAUACUGUGAUGGAGCGCACUAUCCUACAUACUGUGAUGGAGUGCACUAUCCUCCAUACUGUGAUAGAGCUCACUAUCCUCCAUACUGUGAUGGAGCUCACUAUCCUGCUUACUGUGAUGGAGCUCACUAUCCUGCUUACUGUGAUGGAUCUCACUAUCCUACAUACUGUGAUGGAGCUCACUAUCCUACAUACUGUGAUAGAGCUCACUAUCCUACAUACCAUGAUAGAGCUAACUAUCCUACUUACUGUGAUGGCAUUGGACCUAUUCUCAUGA